AUGGCGUCGAAAUCGCCUGUGGGCCUGGAGGACAGGUUCGAAGACCUCGACGACAAGGAUGUCUACGCCCGCGUCAAGGCAGAAGCUGCUAGUGACAAGGCUGCCAACUUUGUAGUCGAGUUCAACUUUCAAGAGGCGAGGAUCGCGUUUAAUCUAAGGCCUGAAGACUUCGGGGUACUCCUUGGCCAGAAGGCCCCCGAGGGUACGCAGAUCGGCAACCGCUAUGGCUUCUCUCGGAGAAUACAAGCCAUAAUGAUGGCCCCCCCUCUGCCAUCCUUGCCAAAACCCGGUAAGAAACAGUUGUCCAAGCAGAACGAUAUCGAAUCAGUGUCGACGUGCAACGAAAACAAAGCACAGCCGUCAGCUCGGGCUACAUCCCAGAGCUCAGAGGACCUCGAGAUUUACCAAAUGAUCAAGGAGACGGUCAACUACACAUCGAUCGACCGAGGGAAGCAAUGCCGUCACAACGAAGAGCCCCCGAGAGUGUUGCCACCAUGGCACUGGUCCUGGCUUACCCUCUGCUCUGACUCCAUCGUUGUGUCGUUCCACGAGACGCCGCCGACAGAGCAGCCAGAAAGGGAUGGCUGGGCCGAAGAAGAACUGCGAAGCAUGCGAUCCACCACUCUCAGUGUUCUCUCCCAGCUCUCGAGGCAUGGCUUAACAGACUUUAGCCAUAGGCUCGUCUCGUUCAAGCGAGUCAGGCAAGCGAUGACAGAGACGGAACCUCAAAGCGACACGGCAUACGAAGGCUCAAGCAAUUUGGUUUACUACUUGUUUGAAGAUUAUUCUUCGGUCAUGUCCGUGUUGGAGGCUUCCAAGCUCCGUCCUGAACAGUUGAGAAGAGAAAGACCCUGCUGCUUUGUCAUGCCUUCUGGAGGUAAGGAUACUGAUUUUGACUUCUACGGAACCGAAGAAGCAAAGCCAAGACGGACGAUAUCGUCAAGUCUUUGCACCAAAAGCCUGCACGGCGAGGUCAAUAUACCCUUAUCAGCAAGAAGUCGCUUUGAACGCCUCGGGGACAGACUACAACUGUUGAUGCUUAACACGAUCCAAGGGUGCUUGGAAGAGCAAAAAGCCUUGUCAGACACGUAUUUCAGCCUUACAGCCCAAAGGGACUCGCAAGCCACUGCCCGCUUGAGCAGGAGCGCAACCCUCCUCGCCAAACUAAGCGUCUUCUUCCUGCCCAUAAAUUUUAUGACCAGCUACUUCUCCUUAGAGAUUCCCGACCUCGUGGAGCAUUACACUCCCAAGACGUACUGGAUCUGUUUCGCCGUGAUUGCCGGUCUUUCCUUCAUCAGCCUCUUCUUCUUCAGCCGCAUGUUGGAAGUUGUAAGCGACACCCUUGAAGGCUGGUCCGAUUACGUCUCGCGAAAAGCAAGCAAUCUUGUUGGAUGUAAUACGCACGACGACAUAAAUGAGCAAUGA